CGAUUGCGAAAUCCAGGCGGAUAUGUAAAUAACGGUGAACGAACUGAUCUGCGAUCAUAUAUUUGCUUGGAUAUUUGCACGGUAGACACUGAACUAUACUCGUUCUUUCAAGAUGUCUUUUUCCGGUUCGGGGGACAACGACCUGAACGUGACCUCCACAGUCCUUGAAGCACGCCCAUAUGGAUCGACCGGUGGACAGAUCUUCUUCUCCUUCAUCUACAUGCUGUGGAUCGUUCUCGCCAAUGGCUUCAUCCUCUUCCUCAUCGUCAAGGAUAAGACUCUUCGCCAACAGCCUCACAAUGUCUACACGGUGCUUCUCUGCCUCGCUGAUCUUACAGUUGGGCUGUAUUAUCUCCCCCUGAAUAUGGACUUCCUGUCUAGAGGGCGCUGGGGACAUGAUUGUUCAUCAUUAGGCGUCUUUGCAUUCUACCCAAUAUUCAACACCUGUUUUUGUGCGUUCACAGUGUUUAUGCUCAUGUUCGCCCGUCUGAUGAGUUUAUGCUGCUGUUGGAGACAAACACCAAUGUCAUUGAAGAAACGGUUUAUUUUCCACGGACUUUCUGUACUGAUCGUGUUAGUCUAUAUUUUCAUGAUUCCUGUCUUGUUUACCGUUCAGCCAGGUACCUAUAGAAACAAUGACCGUGGCGAGUCAAUACCAGACUUUUUAGGAAACGCGCCAGCAAAUGGCAAUAUAAUAUUUACGUGUCAAGUAUUGAGAGGGUUUGAUUUUAUCACUCGCUUUUUGGUAGUUCUAUCAGGAUUCUGGGCUCCAAUGUUUUUCCCCAUCGUGUUUCUUGCUAUUAUCCUGAUCAUGAUCACAAGGGCCGGAGCACCCGAACAGUCAAACCAGGACAAGUCCAAGGUCCCCGUGAAGGUUCUCAUCGUGGUCUUCUUGGUGUCGUUCCUCAUCCCGAGUGGGUACAUCUCAUACCUCUCUUGUGUCCUACCAGCGCCCUGUGUGUUUCUGCCAACGCAGGGACCUGACUUCACCUGUGACGGAGCAAUAGGAGGACUGUCCGUCUUCCUUCAGUGGCUGCUGAUCACCAAAUGCGGAAUUCUCCCCUUUGUUUGGUUGCUUGGUGAAGAUUACCGAAACGCAGCAAAACCAAUGAUUCGGAGCUUAGAACCUGUUCUGAAGAUUUGUAGGAAGAGGUGGAAUGCCGAACAAGAGCUGAGGAACACGGACCCUGGCAGCAAUGAAUUUGACGAUAUUGAAUAAAUGACUUUGGCAAAAUACUUUCCCUGCAGGCAAAAAGCGAGUCAAGUCAAUAAGUCAUUCAAUAUGUUCCUCUGUUACUGAUCGGAGGGGGGGGAUCACUUCGGGCUUUCCUCCCACAUUAAGCUGACCCGCCGUGAUAUAACCGGAAUAAUGUUAAGACCGGCGUUAAACCCAUAUCACUCCCUCCCUCUAGUCUGAUCCGGUCCAUUUAGUAUGAGAGGGUCCGUGUUGCUGUAAACGUACACACUCCAAUUACAUACCAUGGUUAUUCCAUGGUAAUGGGUUUGAUACGGGUAUCUCGCUUUGUGACGUCAACUUUGACAGACCGGGGCAUAUACCAUAUCCGGAAAUGACAUCAUCAGAGAAAUAGUCAAUGCUAUUAAAAUAGGGCUGUGUGGUAUAUAAAUAUAAUUUCCUGUAAAAUACUGUAUAUCGAGCUGCUGUGGUGUACCGUAUGGGGGACAGAUUGUUGUGGGACCGCCAUUUUGUUUGAAGCAAAUGUUAGCGAUAUGAGAGGUGGAAACUGAUUGGCGUUGACAGAUAUUUUCCAAAUCUUUUCAUUUUUUAAUCAAAAUGAUCUGAUGCACUUCGCGGGAUAAGAC